CCACCAAGCCUCGAAGGUUGUUGAACGGAUAUCGAAUGAAAAAAGACCGACCGCGCGUUUCAAAAUGGACCUCUCCGGCUGCCGUAGCCGCUGGUUUAGACUGCAGUUUCUUUGGUUGCUUGGCAACCGCACCUGGGGCAAGAGGCCUAAUUAGCAGUGAAAGAAGACGGCUUGAAUUUUAACUGCAAAAAUGCAAAUGUUGAUGCCCGAACCUCAAAUCUAUGUUGAAAGAACGCUAGCAAUCAUUAAGCCAGAUAUCAUCAACAAAGAAGUAGAAAUAGAAGAUAUAAUUCUCAGAUCGGGAUUCACCAUUACUCAGAAACGGAAGCUCCAAUUAAGCCCAGAGCAGUGCAGCAAUUUCUAUGUGGAACAAUAUGGGAAAAUGUUUUUUCCUAACUUAACAUCUUAUAUGAGCUCUGGGCCUUUAAUUGCCAUGGUUCUCGCUCGGCAUCAAGCUAUCUCCUAUUGGAAGGACCUGCUUGGACCUUCAAGUAGCUUCGUAGCUAGGGAAAGAUAUCCUGACAGUUUAAGAGCAAUCUAUGGGACAGAUGAUCUGAGGAAUGGACUUCAUGGCAGUGCCAGCUUUGCAGCAGCAGAAAGGGAAAUCCGAUUCAUGUUUCCUGAAGUCAUCAUUGAACCAAUCCCUGUUGGGCAAGCUGCUAAGGAUUACCUAAACCUUUAUGUCACUCCUACCCUGCUGAAAGGACUUACAGAAUUGUGUAAGAAGAAGCCAGCAGAUCCUUUUAUUUGGCUGGCUGAUUGGUUAAUUGAACAUAAUCCCAACACACCCAAAAUGCGGCAUACUGUGAUUGUGGAGGAGCCUUAAGAAGACAAUGUUGAAAUUCACUAAAACAAUGAAAAUAUAUGUUUUUGCUAUUGUCUCUUGAUUUUUUUUUACCAAUGUUAAUAUGCAGUAAGUAAUAGUUCAAAAUCUAUUGUAAGCAGAGAAGCAAGGUUUUGUGAAGUAUGCAGUAUUUGAACUUGAAGUUUAAAUUAAUAAAGAAGUAUUAAUUGCAGCUGAUUAAUGAUCAACAGAGAUUUAAAGAAAUUUAGUGACCAGACCCAUUACCUUAUUGGGAGUUCUGUAGGUACUGAUUUACCAUUCAGCAGUUGAUUCAAAAGUGUGAGGUUUUUGGCUACUUGGAACUAGUAAUUGGAACCAGGCCCUUAUUUUGGUUUUUCCAGACUUGUCAUCUGCUUUUGAACCCAUAUUUCAAAAGAGUGAGAGAUGUUAUUCAGUGAUGCUAAUGGAAAUCCUAUGCUUUGAGAUUCAAAAAGCAAAUUUGAGACUUAAAAGGAAAUUUGACAUACUUAUGAAGAACAAAUCUAACAGUGAUUAACUGUGAUCACAAAAUGAAAUAUCCCUGAUUGGACUCAGUAUGUUGCACAAGAUUACUUGGUUGGACAAGGCAGGGGCUUUAUAUCUGGUCUUUGAAUAUUCUGGAGGCAUCUACUUAACCAUUGGAAAGGGAAGGAUGCCGAAAUAGGUAGAUCUUUGCAACAGUUCCUCUGUUGAGUUCUAGUCAUGUGGAAAUAAUAUCAAUGGAAAACUCAAUCUGUUUUCCAGUCCCCUACAAUGAGUGUUCUUCUAAGGAGAUAAUAGCAUGGCCUGCUGCUUUCUGGGCACUUGUCUACUAAGAAUUCUUGUUUUCUUUAAUAUAGAACAAACAUGCCAUCUACCAGCUUUAUUUCCAAAUAUAAUAUUCCUUCCUACACGCCCUAUAAGUGCAUAUAUUUCAAUAAAGAACAGCAAAACGUU